AAGAAAAUAAAAAUAUGGAACGAAUAAUUUUCCCUAGCUCCCUCCAUCUCUCUCUCUCUCUGGUUAUCACAGAAGCUAAGCAAUGAAGCUCUAAGUAUCUCCUCUUCUUCUUCUUCAUCUUCAUCUUCAGUUCUCAUAAUCUUAUAUUGUGUUGGGAGAAAGUCACACGUGUGAUCUUCCUACAUGGAUGCAUUCUUCUUAACGGAUGAUCCCAAUACCCGGAAACAGUUAAUCGAGUCGCUAGCUCAAUCUUUUGGAUGUGUUUACGUUUGUCUUUGGUCUUAUUAUUUCCCUCGACCUUCUAACUAUUUGAUAUCAAUGGAUGGAUAUUACAAUGAAGCUUCUGAAGAACCUUCUUCUUCUUCUUCUUCCGGAAGUUUAGCUAGAAGCUUAUUCCAUGAGUAUCGCCAAUCCGUUAUCCCACUCCAAAAUGGGCAUGUACCAAGCAUGGCGUUCAUGAACAAUCUUCCAUACGUAGAGAUUCGACCACAAGAGAUUCAAAGACUUGCUUUUAACGACGCACAACGUCUAUUCUAUCAGCAAGCCAGGAUUCAGACAGUGAUAUUCAUGGGUUGCCGGAGCGGCGAGAUCGAACUCGGAAUGACAUAUGAUGCUACAAAUAUGAAAAUAGAAGCAAGUCUUCGAGAAUGGUUCCCUGAAGAUUUCAAUAGAAAGUCUUCUCCGGUAAACUCCGACUAUCUCCGGCCACCGCAUCAUCCAUCUUCAUCUUCUUCUUCUCUUAGUCCCAACAACGUCUCUGAAUAUUCCUCUCUUUUAUUCCCACUCAUCCCUAAACCUUCAACGACGACUGAAGCCGUUAACGUUCCGGUACUUCCACCCUUAGCUCCGGUCAAUAUGAUCCAUCAACAACAACAAGAGCCUUUGUUCCGUAACCGUGAACGUGAGGAAGAAGCAAUGACAAAAGCUAUCUUAGCGGUUUUAACGGGGCCAUCAAGUCCUCCGUCUACUUCUUCCUCGCCACAGCGUAAAAGAAGAGCCACCGCUUUUAAUAGAUAUUACUCCAUGAUUAGUGGCCACGGUAGAGCGCCGCUGCCGAGUUUACGGAAGCAAAGCAUGAUGAAAAGAGCGAUUUCCUUCUACAAUAGGCUUAACAUUUACCAGAGAGAGCGUUUUACUAGGGAAAACGCUACUACACACGGCGAAGGAAGUGGUGGAAGCAGCGGGGGUGGACGUUAUACCAGCGGGCCAAGCGCAACGCAAUUGCAUCAUAUGAUAUCGGAGAGGAAACGGCGAGAGAAGCUUAACGAGAGCUUUCAAGCAUUGAGAUCUCUCCUUCCUCCGGGAACUAAGAAAGAUAAAGCAUCGGUCCUCUCCAUUGCAAGAGAGCAACUAUCUUCUUUGCAAGGCGAGAUUUCGAAACUACUAGAAAGAAACCGGAAGCUGGAGGCGAAGCUAGCCGGAGAAAGAGAUAUUAUAAAUGAUUUACUACCCAAUGAGAGGUUUAACGUUCAUAUAAGUCAUAUAUCUGAAUCAACAUCAAGAGAGAGGAUUUUGGAUCUAAGAGUUGUUCUAAGAGGAGACAGCAUUAGGGUUGAUGAUUUGAUGAUAAGACUUCUUGAAUUCUUGAAGCAAAUCAACAAUGUGAGCUUAGUAUCAAUCGAAGCUCGAACUCGAGCUAGGGAUACUUCGGUUGUUCUUGUGAGCUUAAGGCUCAAGAUUGAGGGUGAAUGCGACGAAUCAGCCUUCCAAGAAGCAGUCAGAAGGGUUGUUGCUGACUUGGCUCACUGACAACAAGUUUGAUUAUAUUCUUCUUUUACGCUUACAAAUUAAUAUUUGAUUAUUGAAAGAUUAAAUUAUUUAUAAGUUUUAACUAUGGCGUGGGGCGGCUCCUAUCGUUGUCGAUGGUUCUUAUUACUGUGGAUUUUCAGCCGUUCGUCAUAUUUCCUGAAUCAAUCUUGACCGUUUGUUUUUAUUCAGUUUUAAGCUAUUACCGUAAUUAUCUAAUAAGCUAUAUUUGUCCUCUAUAAAAAAUUGUUUUUGGGACAUCAUUUCUUUAUACAAACUGAUGUUAGUUUCUUCUUUGAAAUAAAAAUUAUUGGCGAGUAUUUGUUUAAACUCCUUGAGUUUUAUGAUUAAUGGGUCGUAUAAUAUGGUAGUCAAUAAUUGUACUUGUUUCUCCAUAACACUUCCAACUUGUAUUAGAUAUACACUAUGUAUAUUUAAAAAUACGAUCCAAGUCAUCCAGCUAAAAUAUAAAAAAUACUAGAAGUUUAUGUCACGUAUAUAUAUAUAUAAUCUUUCAUAAAUUCAUGUGGCUAGGUUUAAAUUUCUUCUGUCGCCCAAAUUGACUAAACUUUUCUUGCUAAAUGGAAAAACCAAACGACAAGGAUAUCUACAGAUAAAAGAAAAUGAAUACUCAAGAGCUUGGAGACAGCGAUGGUUUUUUGCCAAACAAUAUAUUGAUGGUUACAUACUUACAUUAAUUAAUGAAGUUACCUAGAAGUUACCUUCCAAAUUCAAAUCAUUUCCCUUUUUAGAUAUGUGGUUCAUUCCAACGUAGGGGCAUU